AUGAAUCCUGAAAUAAGGAGAAAAAGAAAAUUUUCUGUCACCUGCCAGCCCUCGCAAUCAUCGUGUGGCCAGCAAAAAGGAGAAUGUUCUGCCGCGUGUAAGCCGGCAAAGACCAGACGAAUUUUCGCUGACUCUAAGGAGAAAGCUAAAGUUGAAACCGAGACAAAAGAGAAGCAUAUUACCGAGAUUGAGACUUCAACGAGUUGUUGCAAGCCGGAGCCGAUCCGACACAAAAAGACACGAAGAGGAAAGCGCAAACCUCGCCCUAAAGGUCUUGCAGCAUAUGAGAUGGGAAAACCUUUGGGCUCCGGCGGAUUUGGAGAAGUUUUCGCCGCCAGACGAAAAAAGGACAACCUGCCGGUGGCUAUCAAGUUCGUGAACAAGAGCAGGGUCAAGAACUACAGAGAGAUAAACGGAAAACAGUUCCCAGCCGAAGCUUACUUUCAGCGCCACGUUCGGCACCCGAACGUGAUUCAACUACUGGAUAUCUUCACCAACGGAGAUAACUUCGUGUUCGUGCUCGAGCGUCCCGAAGAUUCAGCGGACUUGUUCGACUACAUUGACGCAUGUGAAGGGCUGAUUGAAGACGAAGGUCGAGAGCUCUUUUCUCAAAUUCUGGAGGCAGCGAUACAAUGCGAAGAACAGGGUGUGCUACACCAGGACAUCAAGCCAGAAAAUGUCAUCAUAGAUAUGAACAAAAUGGAGGCCAAGCUGACUGAUUUCGGUCUCGCUUGUGACGCACAGGACCAACCCUUCAGGCAAUUCGUAGGCACUCAGCAUUAUUGUCCCCCUGAGUUCUACUCCCAUCGUUGUUUCCAUGGUAACCACGCCACUGUUUGGCAACUUGGCUUCUUAUUGGCUGAGAUGCUGUCGAAUGAGAUGCCAUACGUCAAGCCACGCAUGGCCCUGUACAUGCGUCCUUCUGUUCCUAAAUUUGUCUCCAACGGUAAGAACUUUGGAACAAACGAUACUGUUGGAGAUAAGGAGAUAAUUAUCAAAUGA